AUGAGUUCUACACAAGGGAAGGUUGUCCCGUUCUAUUCCAUCGUAAAAUGGAGGGCAGCAGAGUUCAAGCGCGGCAUUGAAAGCCUUAAGACCCAGAAAGGUAAGUACUACGCUGUCAGUAUCCUCAUUGUGUCGCUGAGUACAGGCCUGGCUGUGCUCACUCUCAAUAUUCAUCACCGAGGACCGAGAGGACACAAACUGCCAAGGCUUGUGAAAACUGUGUGCUUCAGUUUUCUUGCUAGGAUCCUGUUCAUCAAAAUAGACGGACCAGAGCCUGACGACCAGGAAAUGGCACGAUAUGCCGCUUAUGACGAGGCCAACCAUGCAGACAUACAAGCACCCACCCUGAGCCUGGCGGAGGGACAGCAGGCUGGCGGGACUAACGUGGUGGAUGUUCUCAACCGACUGCUGCACACAGUAGAGCAGGCCAUAGGGCUGCAGAAGAGGAGAGUCGCCAAACAAGACAGCCUUGACCAGAUUACAUAUGAAUGGAAGCAACUGGCCAUUGUUCUCGAACGCGCUCUGACAAUCAUAUUUCUCUUCGUCACUGUUUACACGACGGUUGCAAUGUUCUCCUAG